AUGAGUAGAUUUCGACGUAUCACUUCAAUGACAUGUUUAUUCAAUAUAAUUAUAACAAUAGCUUUCAUUUUGAUGACUGUGAUUGUUAUCAUAUUUGCUUUAUCAUACUUCGGGAUAUGGUUUAAUAAUUCACAACCAAAUGUUGUAAAUAUUUUCUGUGGACAAAUUAAAGGUGUUCAAAAGGAUGAUUAUACAAUAAGUUAUUUAGGAAUACCAUACGCUCUACCACCAAUUAAUGAGAAUCGUUUCAAACCUCCCAUUCAUUUAUCUUCAAAGAAAUUAUGUCAUAAAGCCUGGGAAUUAAGUAACACUACAGUGAUGAACUCGAUUUAUUACACACAAAACUACAAACCUUCAUGUUUACAAUUACUACCGAAAUCCUCAGGGAAUGCAUUUGAUGGUAGUGAAAAUUGUCUUUACUUAAAUAUACAUGUACCAAUUAAUAAAAAGUCAAUAAAUCAAGCAAAACCAGUAAUUAUUAUAAUAGAUGGAUUAUUUUUUAUGUACAGUAAUGAACCAAAACAGCCUAGCUCAGAUACUAUAUAUAAAACGGAUGCCAUACAUGUAACAUUUAAUUAUCGAAUUGGUCCAUUUGGAUUUUUACCUCAUCCAUAUGAAAAAAUACCAAAUCUCGGAUUACAUGAUCAAUUAUUAGUUUUACAAUGGAUUCGUAAUAAUAUUGCACAAUUUGGUGGUGAUCCAUUCAAUGUCAUUUUAUUUGGUUAUGGUUCUGGUGCAACAUGUGCAUUAACAUUAUUUUAUAGUUCAAUAAGUAAUCAAUUAUUUGAUAAAUUAUGGAUUACUGCUCCUGGAUUAAGUUUAUUAAAUGUAUCCGUAAAUGAUGUCAUUGAAACAAUUCAUUAUGCAUUAAAUUGUCAUGAUGAUAUAAAUCCUAAUAAUUGUUCUAAUUAUAAAUUAAAUAAUUCAAUAAAUAUAUUAAAUAUAUGGAAUUGGACUAUCAUUGAACAGUGGUUAAUGAAUUCCAUAUUUAGUUUACCAUCUAUUCAUGAAUUCAAUAAUAUUAAUACAAAUAGAUUAAUCAAUAUUUUAAUUAAUGAUAAUCAAUUUGUUAAUAUUGAUUUAUGGAAUAAAAUUCUUAUACCAAAUAGUAUUAAACCAAUGGUGAUUGGACAAACCUCACAUGAAGUAUCCAUUUAUCCUACACCUAAAACAAUACCAUUUUGGAAUAAAAAUAUUUAUCAAAAUUAUAUAAUUGAAAAAUUAAAUAUAAAAAAUAUUACAUCAUAUAAUCAAUAUAUUGAUUAUUUUUUAUCAAAUCAUUCUAAUCAUAUAAAUUGUAAAUAUAUGAAUAAUAUAAUAGAGAAUAAGACAAUUGAUAAAGAUCAUGAUUGGUUAUCUAAUUUAAUGUUAUUAAUUACUGAUAGUCGAUUAACUUGUCCAUUAACUGAAUUAGUAAAUACAUUUAUAAAUCAAUAUUAUCCAAUAUAUCAAUAUUAUUUAACUGGAAAUCAUAGAUGUUUUGAUCCAUAUUCAUUAAAUGGUUAUGUAUCAUAUGCAUUUCAUGGUUGGGAUGCAAUGUUAUAUUUAAGAACUUAUGAAAUACAUAAUGAUUUUACAGAUCCAAGUUUAUUACAAUUAAAUGAUUUAUAUCAUAAUGAAAAAGAAUUAAAUCAAUUAAGAAAUAUUAGUGAUUUACUUAAUAUAGCAAUGUAUCAAUUUGCAAGAACUGGUUAUAUAUCUAAUUGGCAUGAAUCAAAAAAGGGGCAAUAUAAUGUGAAUUUAAUUGAAAAUGAUCAAUUAUGUAAAUAUGUAAAUAUAAUGAAAGAACGUUGUAGUUAUUGGAAAUUAUUAUUUAAUAAUAAUUUAUUUCGAUCAACAUGGAAAUUUUAA